CCUAAAAUAAAGAUGUUUGCCAAGCUCCGCAAGAUUUAUCCCGGUAAAAAGACGGUUAGACCGUCUCUAGAACCCUGUUGCUCCAAGGACUUGAACAAUUUGGAACAGGAAUCAACAGGGAAGAAAAGACGAGCCGAGUAUCUUUUGGAUAGAAUGCAGCAGCUUCUGUUCUUCCUGGCCGUUUUCUUAUUUUUUCCCGUGGUGAUCUUCAGCACCUUUAAGUUCUUUGUUAUGGAACCGCUCUAUGGGAACAGUGAUACGAAUGGGGCCAUUGGAUCUGCCGUGGCCACGGUGAUAGUGAUGCAUGUCCUGAUCACGGGAUAUAUCCUGCGCCUGAUCUUCGUCCAGGAGUUUCCGCGCAUGGAAAAGCUGGAGUUGUGGACCGAGUGGGAGGUACUCAUUCCGUCGCAAACCCAGAUACAUGGUCCCGUGUUUAUAGUCCUCCUCCUGAUGUCCUACUGCUCUUUGAUACUCGGCUUUCCCAUCGCCACCUUCUUUGCCCUCAAGUUUGUGGUGCUCAAGAGUUUCGCCCACAUUGAUGCCGACAUUAUUUCGGCCAUUUGCACUGUGGUUGCAGUUCAUGCAGCUGUUGGUUUUUAUAUUUAUAGAGCCAUCUACACAAAGAGUGCUAAGGGCAGUCGGGAUGGUGGAAAGAUAUCUUUGUGAUUUUACCAAGAAAACAAAAAAAAACG